GUUCUUGCUUCAACAGUGCUUGAACGGAACUUAUUUCUUUCGCUGUAUUAUUAACUCUUUCAAAUUUAAACAGAAUAAUAGUUUAUUUUUGUACUGUUUCUUGAUAAGAAAAAAACAAACAAACAAAAUCGGUCGAAAUGGAGACAUCUCAGAUUCGUCAGAACUAUCACCGCGACUCUGAAGCCGCUAUUAACCGGAUUGUUAACAUGGAGCUUUACGCCUCCUACACCUACAGCUCGAUGGGUUUCUACUUCUCUCGCGAUGACGUCGCCCUCGAGGGUUUCUCCCAUUUCUUCAAGGAGAACAGUCACGAGGAACGUGAGCACGCGGAGAAGUUCAUGUCCUUCCAGAACAAGAGGGGCGGCCGCAUUUUCCUCCAGGAUGUCAAGAAACCUGAGCGAGAUGAGUGGGGCACUGGACUGGAAGCUCUCCAGUGUGCUCUGCAGCUGGAGAAGAAGGUGAACCAGGCUCUGCUGGACCUGCACAAGCUUGCCUCUGAAAAGGGUGAUGCUCAUCUGUGUGACUUCCUGGAGUCCGAGUACCUGAAUGAGCAGGUGGAGAUGAUCAAGAAGCUGGGUGACCACAUCACCAACCUCAGCAAGAUGGACGCUGGCAACAACAGGAUGGCCGAGUACCUGUUUGACAAGCACACCCUGGGCAGCAAGAGCUAAAUCCAGCACCAGGC